UUAAGCCACAAAAUGAAGAAUGAAAUCCACCUAGAUGUUAUAUUUAGUUACAUUCAACUUACCUCAAAUUUAGCACAUUAUGAAGAGCAUGUUCUUCUCUCCCCUCCUGUAGCGUUGUCUCUUGUCUUCCCUCUUUCCUCUUCCUUAGCUUUGGCCCGUAGCUCUCUGCAGAACUAAUUACAAAAAUGACAACAUAUGGAACUAUUCCAACAGAGUUGCCUCCAUCAACGACCUUCAUUUUCCCUGCAAGAGAAGAGAUCCUAUCAGCCCUUGGCUCACGAAGACAAUGGAAAGAGAUGAUCAAGAUUCAAGCUAUAAGCCUCCCCUCCAAUUUAAAUAACUCCAUACAAAGAAUCCGAACCAACGCUGCAUUUUUUAGGAUGAACUAUGUCAUCGUCAUAAUGUUUCUUCUCUUCCUCAACUUGCUCUGGCACCCUGUCUCACUGAUUGUCUUAAUUAUCCUGAUAGUUGCAUGGUUGUUCCUAUAUCUUUUACGUGACAACCCUGUAUCAAUUGAGGGCUUUGUGAUUGAUGAUUUCGUUAUGACGACGGGUCUGUUGUUGGUUACCUUUGCCAUGCUUUUCCUAACAGAUGUGACAGAUAAUAUCAUAAUUGGUCUUUCUCUUGGAUUAGCUAUUGUUUUGGUCCAUGGAGUAUUCAGAAGUACUGAUGAUUUGUUCUUCGGGGAUGAGGAAGAAGCGAACAGAUUGCCAGUGUUGAUGCGCCAUGCCAAGGAAGCUGCGCCUCUGCCAUUGAAGAAUGCUGCCUCCUCUUCUUAUUCUGUGUCCUAG